AUGGAUAGAGAACAGGAACAAAUGCAAUUUUUGGGCCUCUUCGGCAUCUGCAAAGAAAGCUUCAAGAUCAUCCACUCAUGGCGAAAGAUCUUCGCCCAAAUAACCCUAACCCUAAUCCUCCCUCUAACCUUCAUCUUCUUGGGUCAUCUCGAGAUCUCAAAUCUACUUUCUCGAGACAUCAAACACACCGAAUACGAACAAGACGUCACACGUCCAGGCACCACAAGGUACAACAAGCUUUCCGAUACACUCUCAUCUGAAUAUAUCACUUUAAUACUCUUCCAAGUCGCCUACUUCACCAUCCUCCUCAUCUUAUCCCUCCUAUCCACCGCCGCCGUCGUCUACACCAUCGCCUCCAUCUACACCGGCCGUGACUUGACCUUCAAGAAAGUCAUGUGCGUCGUCCCAAAAGUCUGGAAAAGGCUCAUGGUUACAUUUCUAUGCAUGUUUGCUGCUUUCUUCGUUUACAACUUCAUCGCAGUAGUGGUGAUGGUCAUCUGUAUGGUAAUCUUUCCUUACAACGCAUUCGGGAUGGUCCUCCUGUACAUCGUAUUGAUCAUUUACGUGAUGGGGUUUGUCUACAUGACUGUGAUCUGGCAACUAGCGAGUGUUGUCUCAGUUCUUGAAAGCUCGUAUGGGCUUAAAGCUAUGAAGAAAAGCAAGGAUCUUAUCAAGGGAAACCGAGGUGUUGCGAUUUCCAUCUUCUUUCUGUUGAAUAUGUCCUUCAUACUUAUAAAGAUCUUUAUUUGA